AUGGGUUGCGUUUUUGGGAAAGAGCUGAGCGGCAAGAGGCCGACCGGCGGUGGAGGUAGUGGAGGAGCGGGAGAGUCUCGCCGUCACAAUCUGCAGCAGCAAGUUGGUGUUGUGGAAAAUCAGAUCGGAAAUGGAGUCGGGAAGGAGAUUAGUAGUAGCAACAACAAUAUGGAGGAAGAAAGCUCCGCUGCUGCUAGUGUUAGCAAGCCGAAAGGCGAGAGGAGAAGGUCUUCCAUGAGCGCGAUGGUGCUCGGAUCGCCACCCAUCCGACUGGUGACUCGCCCGUGA